CAGAUUACAACUACUACGGGGAUCCACACAGACCAUGGCCACAGCUGCCUCGAAUCCCUACAGCCUUCUCAGUUCCAGCUCCCUAGUCCAUACAGAUUCUGUGACUAUGCAACAAGGGAGUUCUUUCCGGAAUCCUCAGAAACUUCUCCAAAGUGAUUAUUUGCAGGGAGUUCCUAGCAAUGGACAUCCCCUGGGACAACACUGGGUGACCAAUCUGAACGAAGGAGGGCCGUGGUCCUCCACACUGGCUACCAGCCCUAUGGACCAGCAGGACGUGAAACCCGGGCGCGAAGACCUGCAACUGGGCUCGAUGGUUCAUCACCGCUCACCGCACGUCGCUCACCACUCUCCGCACCCUAGCAACCCGAACGCCUGGGGGACGAGUCCCGCUCCAAACACGUCCAUCACGUCUAGCAGCCAACCCCUCAACGUGUACUCGCAGCCAGGCUUCACGGUGAGCGGCAUGCUGGAACAUGGGGGUCUUACCCCACCUCCGGUCUCAGCUCCCACACAGAGCCUACAGCCCGUGCUCCGGGAGCCCCCAGACCAUGGUGAUUUAAACUUGCACCACUGCCAGGAUCACUCUGACGAGGAAACACCGACCUCCGACGAGUUGGAACAGUUCGCAAAACAGUUUAAACAAAGAAGAAUCAAGUUGGGCUUCACUCAGGCGGACGUGGGGCUGGCCCUGGGCACACUGUAUGGCAAUGUGUUCUCACAGACCACCAUCUGCAGGUUUGAAGCCUUGCAACUCAGUUUCAAGAACAUGUGUAAGCUUAAACCACUACUAAACAAGUGGCUGGAGGAGGCUGAUUCAUCCACAGGAAGCCCGACCAGCAUUGACAAGAUCGCAGCACAGGGCCGCAAGCGCAAGAAGCGAACCUCAAUUGAGGUGAGUGUCAAGGGCGUACUGGAGACUCAUUUCCUUAAGUGUCCCAAACCUGCCGCGCAGGAAAUUUCCUCGCUGGCAGACAGUCUACAAUUGGAGAAAGAAGUGGUGCGUGUCUGGUUCUGCAAUCGAAGACAGAAAGAGAAAAGAAUGACUCCACCAGGGGAUCAGCAGCCACAAGAGGUUUAUUCUCACACCUUAAAAACAGACACGUCCUGCCAAGAUCUCUGACUGCACCUGAGAGAGGAACUGGCUGGCUGUCCUUAGAAGCAGCGCAGAUUUUCCUUUCUCGCUCUUUUUCUUUCCCUCCAGCUUUUUUGUUUGGUUGUUUUCCGCGCUCUCUC